UGGGGCAAAGUAGACUCCUCUGGCGGUGAGUCAGUCUGUCAUCUGGACUGGGUUCACGCUCCCUGGACGAUAUUGAAACACUAAGCUGAGAGCGUGGAUCCGUCUGCUGGGAUUGAUUGAUCUCCCCUUGGAUUCUAUGUGCUGGCAUCCGGCCAUUUUUUUUUUUUUGAUGGAACGAUAGUGAUUCUGCAGUUUUAAACGCCAAAGUUCGGAGUGGUAAACCUGGUGAUAGCACGUACCUCAAGUACAACAGGGAUGAACACAAACAGUAUGCCUAAACAAGUGGAAGUGAGGAUGCAUGAGAGUCACCUGGAGCCCAUCGAGGCCAGGCCUCAGUCCAAAUGUGCCAAAAUCUGCUCCAAGAUGUUCAAGAACCUCCUGCUGACCCUCACCGUCCUCGGUGUGAUUCUGGGAGCUGUAGCAGGGAUGCUGCUCCGCGUGGCCUCCCCGAUCCACCCGGAUAUCGUCAUGGUGAUUGCCUUUCCCGGAGACAUCCUGAUGAGGAUGCUGAAAAUGUUGAUCCUUCCUCUCAUCAUCUCCAGUUUAAUCACAGGUCUGGCUGGUUUGGACGCCAAAUCUAGUGGACGUCUCGGCACCAGAGCCAUGGUCUACUACAUGUCCACUACCAUCAUUGCUGCUGUUUUGGGGGUCAUCCUGGUUUUGGUGAUCCACCCCGGCAACCCCAAACUGAAGGAAAAUCUGGGCGAGGGGGAGAAGAAUGACGACGUGUCAAGCUUGGAUGCCUUCUUUGAUCUGAUCCGGAACUUGUUCCCGGAGAACCUGGUGCAGGCUUGUUUCCAGCAGAUUCAGACGGUCACUAAAAAAGUGGAGGUGGUCGUAGAGGAGAAUGUCAACGCCACGGUCAUGGAUGGCCUGGUGGCUAACAUCACCAAGGAGCCCCAGUUUGUCAUCAAGAAGUCCUUGCAGUUCAAGAGCGGCAUGAACGUCCUGGGUCUGAUUGGUUUCUUCAUUGCAUUUGGAAUUUGCAUGGGCAAGAUGGGAGAGAAGGCCAGACUCAUGAUUGACUUCUUCAACAUCCUAAACGAGAUUGUGAUGAAACUUGUCAUCAUGAUCAUGUGGUACUCGCCCUUCGGUAUCGCUUGCCUCAUCUGUGGUAAGAUCAUCUCCAUCAAGGACCUGGAGGUGGUGGCCAGGCAGCUGGGAAUGUAUAUGAUCACCGUCAUCAUCGGCCUGAUCAUUCACGGAGCCAUCUUCUUGCCCAGCAUCUACUUCGUUAUUGUCAGGAAAAACCCCUUCACCUUCUUUUUGGGCAUCUUCCAAGCCUGGAUCACUGCCCUGGGAACCGCCUCCAGCGCCGGCACGCUUCCCGUCACGUUCCGUUGCCUGGAGGAGAACUUGGGCAUUGACAAAAGAGUCACCCGCUUUGUGCUUCCCGUCGGCGCCACCAUCAACAUGGACGGAACUGCUUUGUAUGAGGCCGUCGCUGCCAUCUUCAUCGCUCAGAUGAAUGGCAUCAACCUUGACCCCGGUCAAAUCGUCACUGUCAGUCUCACCGCCACCCUGGCCAGUGUCGGAGCCGCUAGUAUUCCGAGUGCCGGCCUGGUAACCAUGCUGCUGAUCCUAACUGCUGUGGGCCUGCCAACUCAGGACAUCAGCCUGCUGGUUGCUGUUGACUGGCUGCUGGAUCGAUUCAGGACCUCUGUUAACGUGGUGGGCGACUCCUACGGUGCGGGCAUCGUUUACCACAUGUCCAAGGCGGAACUGGACGAGCUGGAUGCUCACAUGGCUAAGUCAGAUGACAUUGAGAUGAUGACAAAGACCCAGUCCUAUUACGAUGACAUGAAGAACCACCACGAAAACAAUUCCAACCAGUGCGUCUUAUCGUCUGCCUCUACUGCUAACAAUUCUGUCGUAGUAGAUGAAUGCAAGGUAACCUCAGCCACAAACGGCUCUGCUGCGGAGUGCACGCUUGUUGAGGAAGAACCGUGGAAACAUGAAUAAUGGCGGCGCGGAGAUCCCCUGCUCCUGGGCUCCUCAAGCUUUCCAAUCUGGAGGAAAAAAAAAAAAACGAAAAAAAGUCACAUGAACAGAACUACUAAUUGUUUACUAUGUAAUCUAGUUUCCUUUCUUUUAUAUUAGUCCCUUUUACAAGUUUUUGUAACUGUCUACCUGACUGAUAUAAAUACUAAUUUACUACCGAACCGUGAUAUGAGAGCUAUAUACUGUUAGAGCACAACUAUUUUCUCUAUAGCAGACAAUUGCACAUCACACUUCCAGGCUUCGGGAGAGAAGGGUGGCAGAGAAGAGAUGAGCGCACGGCAUCCUACCGCCAUGCACGGAGGGAGACUUAGAAGUUCCGACAUGCAAACACGCAGACUUUAAAGUGCCAUAUGAUCUCGCUUGCUUUCACAUCAUUCUUUCCUUCUUGUCCAGCAAAUAAUAGCGCGGAGGCUAUUGCUUCACCGUGAAGUGACAAAGCACACAUUUCUAUCCCUCCAUCUUGUUUUCCAUUAAUGCUUAUGUUGAGAAAAGGGACUUUAUUUUAUGAGUUAGUGGAGGUUUAAUCCCUGUAUGUCUGUGUGAGUGGACGAUCGCGAGUUUAUGGGACCAAACUGGCAGGAUAUCAAUCAUAUCAGAAUCUAUAUUUCCUUCCUUUAGCAAAGCACAAGCCUAAAGAACAAAGCUAGUACUGCCCUGUGUAUUGCUAUUCAAAUGAUGAAAUUCAGAGUGAACAAUGUGUUAUUUGGAGCACAAACAAAGAGCACAAAAAGCCAGUAGUACGGUGGCAAAUUUGCGAUAAAUAGUUUGGUUUUUUUUUCUACUGCUGAACAGCACAAACUUAAAAAGAAAGGGAUGAUCGGAACUGCAUGUAGCACGCACACAUUCCAAUAAUUUCCACUCUGAAGAAGCACAAAUGUGAUGAACAUGCAGUAUAGGAAGCGUUUCCUUCUUCCUUGAAGAUAAAUACCUGCAUCCGUGUUAACCUCUAGAGCUCAAGACUGUUUCUGCCAUAUGCUUGGUGCUGCAUCGUCAGGUACACAUUCCUCCCACUAAGCCAAAAAGAAAAAAAAAAACAUCCUCAAAACCUGCUUUGCUAGUGUGUGUUUGGUGUGUGUAAGAAAUGUCUGUGUCUCCUGUCUUGUUUCUUGUGCUAAAUGCCUUGGAGAUGUUCACUCAGAUUGACCUCGAGGACGAAUACAUUUUCAAGUAACGCUAGAAAAACUAAACAAAACACUUAGCGCUCGGUCCUCACAGCAGAAGGUCACACACACACUGAUGCACGUUUAAAUACACAUUAGAGCGAGCAUGCGCCUAUAGAUAUUUUCAAACACACACACACAACCAUCCUUCAACAUCAAGGUCACGACAUGUACAGUAGAGCACAAACAUCUACACGGACCCUUCGAGCAGUCCGGGUCACGAUGACUACAGUUGGGGAUUGAGUGUUUUAAGAAGCAUGGAUACAGUAAAAUGUUAUUAUUUCUAUUGCACCACUAUCUUAAAAGCAUGAUAUUUUUGAAGUGCCUCCUUGCACUUUGUGUAUAUAUUGUAGGUAACAGAUUUUCUUUUUUUCAUUAUUUUUCUUUUUUUUUUUUUUUUUUUUUGCGGGUGCGGGAGUAAAAAGUAGGAAUAUAGUGACAUUUUAAAUGUAAUCCUCUAGAAAUCUAUCAUCUAUGUCCUGAGUAAAAUUAGAGUAGACGAAAUGAGAGAGGAAAUCGUGAAUUAAAUUGCCUGUUUUUUUCUUUUUUUUUUAUUCUGUACUAGCUGUUAACUAGUCGUUUUACUUACUUGUCACACACCUAUAUAUGAAUCUUUUUUUUUUUUAUCCAAUGUAAGCAUUUGAAUGUUUGUUCCAUGAAGAUAUAAGCCGUGUGCAUUCAUAUUCAUUGUACAUAAAUAAAUAUAUAACUGUUCUGUUCAA